UUUUUGUGUUUUUAGUAGUUGUUUUCAGCCUUUUUUGUGCUUGUCUAGGUAUGAUAUUCUUUAUCUACGUUUCAUCACAAUCUACUGGUAUUGCUGCUUUAUGAGUUCAGAUGAAGUAUAGACAGUGUACCUCCCUCUCUAUCCCUUUACUGUCUUCAUUUAAAAUAAAAUUAUCUUAAAUACUUUCUCUACAUGUUUAGAACCACAUCAGACAGUGGCAUAAGUUUGGCCUCAACCAUCAGCCCUAAGUUAGAAGACCCAGGAGGAGAAGGGAAGUCUGCUUUAUUAACCUGUCUAUUUUAUUCCAUGUUCCUCCUCCCUAAUGUCUAAGAUCCCUUCUGAUGUCACUUCCAUUCUCUGUAGAGAAUUUUCUGUAGCCAUUCCUGUAAGUGACAGACUCUUUCCAUUCCCUGCAACUGAGAAUGCCUCCAUUUCCCCUUCAUUCCUAAAGGGCGUCAUCCCCGGACACGGGGCUCUGGAAAAGUGUGCACCCGUGUUCCCCUGCACCCCGGCUCCUGAUGAGAAACCCUCUGCCUUCAAGUGGUUUCUCCCUCCUUUUACUCUGGCUGCUUUCAAGAUUUUUUCUUUGUCUUUAAUUUUGAGCAGUGUAAUUAUGCCAUGUUUUGGCGUGGUUUUCUUUGGGUUUUUCCUGGGGGUUCACCCUGCUUCUUCGAUCUGUGGGUUGAAGUCUCUGGCCAUAUUUUAGGCAUUUCAGCCAUUAUUUUCCAGGUCCCUUUUUUCAUCUUCCCUCUCCCUCCUCCCCUUCUGGGAUUCUUGUGCACAAACAUGAAGGCUUUUGUUUUACGUUCCAUGUCCCCAAGGCUUUCUUCAUUUCUCUCUGUUGUUCACAUUGGUUCAUCUCUAUUGUUCUGUCUUCAGGGUCCUUGGUCCUCUGACCCCUGCCUCUGCCCUCUACCCCACCUGCCCGCUUUAAUUCGGGUGAUUACAUUUUGCAGUUUCAGACUUUCCCAUUUGGUCCUUUCUGCAUCUUCGGUUUUUGUAGACACUCAGUUGCCCACUGAGGGCUUACUGAAGUGUCUGAGGGCGGCUGCUGGAGAGCCCCAAGUGGGUAGUUCCAGUGUCCGUGCUGCUGGGAGCUGGGUCUGUAGGUUAUCUUUCCCCAUUCAGUCUGAGCGAUUCCUGGUUCUUGCUGUGAGGGAUUCUUUUAUGGAAACCGGGAUGUUUGGGUAUUAUCAGACUUGGAAUCAGACCCCGAUGUCUAUUACAGCAGGGCCUGUCUCAACACUGCCAUGGGAGGGAGGGGCCCCAGUGCCCACGGACUCCGCUGAUGCUGGGAUGGGGAAGUGGGCUGGUGCAUCCCCUUCUUGGGGAGCAAAGUCUGGGCUCCCUGUUGGGCCUUCCCUGAAACCCUGGGAUGGAGCUGGACGCUGGCGUGCCUCGCAGCCUGCAGGGGUGUGGCGGGCUGCAGCGUGUACUGCGUGUUUGGGCAGAAUAGAGCGGUCAUUGUCUGAAUUCUCGGCCCUGCUCGGCGGCCCCUUUCCUGACCCUUUAGAGAGAGUGGCUUUCCCUGGGGCUCUUUUUGGCUGUAUCUGGAAGAGUUCUCAGGUUGCUUGUUCUUUGCCCCAAGUUUGGGGUCUGGGAGCCCAGAAGGAGAUCUGGGGGCCUUGUUGGCUGCUCAGCCUUCUUCUGCACCGCGUUUGUUUUACCUCUGGUGUCUGGGCUUUGUAGUUGCAGUUCGUGGGGCACAGUUAGGAAUACGUCUGCUCCACCUUCCCGGAAGCAGGUGUCCAAAAGUCAGUUUCUUCUGUGACUGAAGAACGUAGCCGCAGGACAGCCCGGGACUGGUCAGUGCAGACUGACAGGGCGAGGAGCCGCGCGCGUGCUGGGUGGGUCCUGCCAUGCUGAGGCUCUCUCGAUCAGCGCAUUCCCAACAGAGUAUGCAUGCCUGUUCUCAUCAUCUGGGAGAAAUGCCCCCCCACGUGAUCCUGGCUGUCCUCCGUUAAUACCACCAGCCAGCCGGUGAGUACCAGGAGCCUCAGCAGACCUGUGUGGUGGCCUGUCCUCAUUCUGGAUAGAACAGCAGGAAAGGGGUGUGUGCCUUUCCCCAAGCCACUGCUGCUGACACUGCCCCCACGUGAAAAAGCUAGCCAGGUUGUGUUUGUUUCAAGAAAGCCAAAAGGGUUUGGGAAAUAGAAUUUGCUUUUAAGACUUAAAAAAUGUGUGCUAAAGCGUUAAAUGCAUUAGGGCUAUGGUCCCCAUGGCAGCUUGGAUGGGAACACCUGGACUUUCCUGGUUCCCCCAUGACCGGUGACCUUGACAGGGUGUCGGCCCUGGAGUGGGGCCUGCAGUUACAAGAUCUCCUGGGUUCUGCCUGCCACAGCCCGAGGCUGGCUCCCGGCCCUCUGUGCCGUCGCCAUUUAGGCCAAAACCGGGACAGAGUGUGACCUUGGCAGCUGGGUGUCCUGGGCUGCGGCCUGCUGGCGUCCGGUAUUUUUGGUGUGACCCCCACCGGCAUGAGCUCUCAGGGUUGGCGGGAGCCCAGUCUGCUCUGUCGCCUGGCAUUCCUCCAAGCCUCUUCCCCAUGACAGUCACUGUGACAGGAAACAAAACCAUCGUGCCCAAGAAGGAGCCCUUCGCCCGUGUGUGGGUCAGUUCGAGAUCUGCUGUUGGAGGAGGCGCCUGCGUAGCGGGCACUGCGGGAAAUGCUGGUGGCUAGUCCGUGGAUGUGUGUUAGCGGGGGCCGGGGGGCCCGCUGAGUACCCCGUGCAAGACGGGUGGUUCGGAGAGGGGACGGCCAUCUCCCCUGCCUCCGUCCCCCGGCUGCCGUCCCGUCCUCACACAGGACGCAGGGCUCCCCCACGCCAGCUCCUCAGUCUCUGCCUGUGCUCCUUCCUGAACUACUUCUCCUUUGCUCUCCGAUCCGCUCACCAGUGCCUUCCAAGUCGAAUCUGUGUGUCCGGGACCUCGCAGUGCCUCUGUUUCUGAAUUAGGAUUACGGUGCUCAGGACUGACACACGCAUAACAUGGAUUUACUCUUGUUUAGCUGCGGUGCUGGCAAGAUUCUCAGCUUCUGUUUGUUGUUCAAGUGUGUGUUUCUGGCUGUAAACUAUUACUUAUUUUCAUGUAUAUCAGAGAUUUUUAUGAAUUUUUUUUCUCUUCUCUUUUCUCUCCUCCGGGGAAUCCCUUCCCCUUUCCAUAAACUGUGGCCUCUGUGUGGCUGUGCCCGUCUCUCCUCACCCUGCAGGGUUCU